AAACUGCAAAUAUGUGGAAAGUAUUCGCAUUUCUAAGCCUUGCAUUUAUUUCAACGAUAUAUGCACAAGAUGGGCCCGCAGGAUCCUCGUUAAGUGACCGUGGUCAUGGCGCGGUAGCAUUCUCGGUGGGACUCUCUCAAACCAUGCACAUCAUGAACGCCGAGACGGUGUUGUUCAACAAGGUAUUCUCAAACCUGGGAAGUGCUUACUCAGAUCACACGGGGAUAUUUAAGUGUCCCCACAGCGGAAUGUACGUGUUUCAUCUUCACGCCUAUGAUAUGAAUAAGGACAAAGCUAUGUGGUUAGAACUGAAGAAAAAUAAUGAGCUGCUUGUGUCAAUAUCCGGGUACGACAGCCAUUCUACCGCCGGAAAUACAGUACUCGUGCACCUAAAUCGCGGAGACACUGUUUAUGUGAAAGCUCGACAAGGACAAGAAUUUUCGCUGUUUGGGCGGCAGGAUGAAAUAUAUGCCACAUUCACGGGAUACAAGGUCAGUGACGCCAACUACCUGUCUGCACCAAGUCCCGAUCAGGACCCAUUUGCCUUUCUUCAAGGACGCAGGCGUUAGAGUAAUACAAACAUUUCGUUAGGCGUGAGUUUUAUUUCAGAUUUGGAGAAUGUUUACUUUUA